AUAAUAAUUUUUUUUUUACGUAGAUAUUGUUGCAUUAUGGAUCGCAUGGCAUGCACCACUAGCUAUUCUUGGAAUUCCAAGUUUCAUCAUAUUUUUAGUCUCUAAAUGGAGGAGAAGGCAUUUAUCCAUGUAUAAUUGUAUUGAAGAAUUCUUGCAAGGCAACAACAACCUCAUGCCUGUAAGGUAUUCUUACUCAAAAAUUAAGAAAUUGACCAAUAAUUUUAAGGAGAAAUUGGGUGAAGGAGGUUUUGGUCAAGUUUACAAAGCAAAGCUUCAGAGUGGUCGCCUUGCAGCAAUAAAGAUGUUAGGCAAAUCAAAAACUACAGGGCAAGAUUUUUGCAAUGAAGUUGCCACCAUUGGAAGAAUUCACCACGUCAAUGUGGUACAAAUGAUUGGCUUUUGUGCUGAAGGAUCAAAACGUGCCCUUGUGUAUGACUUCAUGCCUAAUGGUUCUCUUGAUAAACAUAUUUUCUCUGCAGAAGGCAAUACUGCAACUUUGGGUUGGGAAAAUCUAUACAAGAUUUCUUUAGGAGUAGCUUGUGGAAUUGAGUAUUUACAUCGAGGUUGUGACAUGCAAAUCUUGCAUUUUGAUAUCAAGCCUCACAACAUUCUUUUAAAUGAGAACUUCACUCCAAAAAUCUCUGAUUUUGGUCUUGCAAAGUUAUAUCCAACCAAAGGUAACACUGUAUCCUUGACUGCAGCAAGAGGAACUCUGGGAUAUAUGGCACCUGAGCUGUUUUACAAGAACUUAGGAAGUGUCUCUUACAAAGCUGAUGUGUACAGUUAUGGAAUGUUAUUGAUGGAAAUGGCAAGCAAAAGAAAGAAUGUGAACCCAUUUGCAAAGCAUUCGAGUCAGAUCCACUUUCCUUCGUGGGCAUCAGAGCAAUUGAACAAAGGAAUGGAGCUAGAAAUAAGAGAAGCCACAGAAGAUCAAAAAAGAAUUGCAAAGAAAAUGAUCAUUGUAGCCUUCUGGUGCAUACAGAUGAAGCCAAUUGAUCGCCCUUCAAUGAACAAAGUCAUAGAGAUGCUUGAAGCAGAACUUGAGAGCUUACAAAUGCCUCCCACCCCUUUCCAGCUUUAUCCCCAUGCAACACAACAAGAUGAUGUUACAGAGAAAACCUACCUCACAGAAUCUACUAGUCUUUCUUCAUGCAAUGAUAUAGAGAUUGAGUCAAUUAGUUUACUUGGAAAUGAAAAUUAAGUGGGAUGGUAGUGAAGAAGCUUGUAUUUGUACUAGAUUUGCUUCUUUUAUAGUGUAACCAAGGCAAUGAAUUUGGUGUUGCGCU